UCGCCAUCAGACAAGAAAACAAGCAGUUUUUCCGUGACAGUGUUAUUUGAUUAUUUUUUGUGUCGAAAGCAUUAGUUUUGACUAAAAAUAUAAAUAAAAGUUUGGAGAUAGAAGUUGUGAAAUAAAUAAGAUAAUAAUUUCAUCCAAUUCGAGAGUGAAUAUCAGCAGAAAUGCAACUUUAAAAUAUUAGUUUUCUCUAUCAGUGCUCUACAUUAAACACGGCAAAGGGAACAUCGAAAAAUACUAAUCGUCAAAAAUGGAACAAAUGGAAGUGGACGAUGCUGUCGUUGAUUUGAGUGUUGGUUCGGUUAGAGAGUCUCUCGCUAUCACCGCGGCAACAGCACGUGAUUUACGUGCGUUGACACAGAACUCGGGUCUAACUAUCACCCCUGCUCUACCGCCGUCAGCAUGUUCCCCGUCGGCUCCCGGUAACACAUCACCAGUUCCUGGUAGACGGGUUUUACGUCCUCGCACCGAACCAAAAUCUUAUGCGGAAGUGCCGGACAUAGUGCUUCUGCCGGCCAAAGUGAAUGGUCGUUCUUACAACGGAGCUGUCGCUGCCGGAUUAUCGGAAUCAGAGGACGAUGAAAUGCCGCCCGUAUUUCCAAUUAAAGAACUAACGGCUGCCGAAAUUUGGGAGCGAGAACGAGGCCUACGUAAAUUGCGCGAAGAGUUGCGUAGCGAGGAGACCAAACUGGUCCUGCUGAAAAAGUUAAAGCAAUCUCAACAAGUGAUGAUGAAAGAGAAUCUAAUCGUGACAUCGAGUAAUACAAAUAUAAACAAUCCACUGGCCGCGAUUCCUGCAGCUCUCACCAAGGGUUCGCUUAGUGUUACACCAACGAAUUCCGUUCCACUGCCUGCUCACUCAAAAUCUUCCAAAAUUGUCUCAGCGACACCCGUCAAUCGGGGAUCGCCAAUCAAUAUAACUCCCGUAACGAAACCUUUGCAGCGACAACCAUCACUUCCGGGUGGGGCAACACUGACACCCAGUACUCCUGGACAGCGCCAUUCAAUGGGACUCCCGAGAGCAGGUUCCAAUCUCACUAUCACACCGUCGGUCACGAUAACUCCCACCAAUGCUCCUUCGAGCACUAUCAAGCAGCGUAAUCAGCCCCAAAGCAAUAGUUUAGUUGGUGGCAAUAAUCUAAUGGAUACAAAUUUGAAGGUGCACUCAGGCCAGAUAAGCAACUCGGUGUCCAUCACACCAGCUCCUUCCAUCCCGGCACAAAUCAGUUGCACAACCGUGGAACCGGUUUCGCUGAAGCGUGACCGCGAUUCGGCGAGGGAAGAUUCUCAGACUCAAGCUCAAAGGCAAGCAGCUGCAAAACUAGCUCUUAGAAAGCAACUGGAAAAGACCUUACUCCAGAUCCCACCACCGAAACCUCCGCCACCGGAAAUGCAUUUCAUUCCGAACCCGAGUAACACUGAAUUUGUAUAUCUACUCGGACUCGAGUAUGUCGUGGACUAUCUGACAAAGGACAAGAAACUUUGUAUGCCACAACAACCGUACCGGUGUGCGCAGUGCAAGAUCGAUUUUACUCCAGUAUGGAAAUGGGAAAAACAGGGUAAAAGAGGAAAUCCCACUUUUCAGAACAUUCCAGCUGGCAAGGAUGCCAAAGUUAUCUGCGAACAAUGUGUUACUAGUAAUGUGAAAAAAGCUCUCAAGGCAGAACAUACGAACCGGCUCAAGACUGCGUUUGUUAAAGCACUUCAGCAAGAGCAGGAAAUCGAAGCUAGAUUAGCCACUCAGAGCAGUCCUUCGCCGAUAGAUAUUCGCCCAACACCGUCGUCAACACCGAAUCUGCGAGAGCAACGUGAGAUGCAAUUGGAACAACAGCAGCAGCAAGAACGGCAGCAAGCUCAAGAGCGCCAACAGCAGCGAGAACGUGAGCAACAACAAGAACGACAGGCGGCUGCACAGCGUCAAAAAGAACAGCAAGAACAGCUUCGGCAGCAGCAAUUACAGCAACUCCAACAACAACAACAGCAACUUCAACAACAAAUCCAACAGCAGCAACUACAACAAUUGCAACAACAGGAACAACAGCAACGUCAUCAUCAAAUGCACCAACAACAUGCUCAUCUUCAACAGCAACCAUCGAAAUCAAAAACACCGACACCGGCUCCGAGACCGACACCGACUCCGCCCACCCAACAGACACCCCCACCGGCAUCUAGUUCACGAUCCAGCCGCCAUAGCGCAACAGCGAAUGCCGCAGCCGAAGCAGCAGCUGCUCAACUUUCGGCUCUCGCCGGUCUCGGUCAACUUGGUGCCCUCGGUAAUCUGGGCAGUCUGAGCAAUACGACUGCCGCUGCGGCUGCUAUGCAGGCGUUCCAGCAGCAAUUGUUUAGAGGAAUUCAACAAGGUCUGUCCACCGGAAACCUAAAUAAUCUACAACAUAUGAUGCAAUUCUCGCCACUAUUGUACUCUUAUCAACUUGCGAUGGCUCAAGCGGCAGCAUUGUCAGCGGCUGGUAAGAGCGGUAAUACUGGUGGUGGCGGUGGAGGCAGCAAUAACAACGCAAACGCAGCAGCCGCAGCCGCCUCUUUGGCUGAUAUGCAACGUGCGAUGGAGCUGCAGCGCCAGUACAUGGAAAUGAUGCCUCAGAGCGGACCAGGUCCGAGUAAUAAUCGACAGUCGAACUGGAAAUCUUAAGCAACGUGAUAUUCAUUAGUUCUAAUAGUUUCGUAUUGACGUGUGUGCGUCGAUUAGCAUGUUAUGUUAUUUCUUUGACACUUCAUAUUAUGGUGCAUAGUUUUUCUUUGUAACAGUGUUUUUUUUCGUUUUUGACGAUUUAUUUCGGCAUCUAUAAACGGAAUAGUGUUUUGUUUAUAACAAAUUUACCUCUCAGUAUGGGGGACUCAUUUGAAACGGAAAUAACUCCCGUUAUAGCGGAUGGUUUAGCUCUUGCACUCUAUUAUCCUUAUUCUUUCAUUACGCUUCCGGCAUAAUUUGUACGAGUACUAAAAAUAUAUAGUUUUUAUGAAUAUUUCGGAUAGCAAUAAUUCGACUGGUUGCUAUUUUUGAAAGUAAGAUGAAAUUCGAAUACACAAAUUUAGUAAGUCAAUUAUUUCAUUCGAUUUUGUUUCGUAAUUCGAACAUUGAACUUUGUUCUGUCUGACAGAAAUCGCUCUUUCGUGACGUAAUUUGAAAAUUACUCUGCCACUGCGUUUUGAUUCAUUGAUGGAGCAUGUUUAGUAAAUGCUUCUUUAUUAGAGUCAUCACUCCAUUAUCUAAAAGUAACACAACUGUUCCAACGGCGUUCUAGCAUUUCUACAUCCUUUUUCAUACCCCGAUAUCUGCUUAGCCUAAACAGCGCUUCAGUUCCAGUAAUGAUCUCAUCAUUCUUUUCAGCAAGCUUUUUUUAUGAAUCUGGAAAUAGCCGCUGGGAGCUGAAUCUGACGAAAAAAAUGGAUGCGGUAGCAGUUCGAAUUUCAAUUAAUGGAAUUUAGUCAUUGCAACGAUGUCAAGUGUCAUGUACCAUGUAAUACUCUGAGUAUUUCACGACCCUUAACAAAAUAUAUACAGUGAUCGGCGCUAUGUGGAAUUUACCCAGAGAGAAUCGCAUUGAUUGAUCAUUAUCGCAGGAAAUCAAAUCAAUGAUUCGACUUGAUGAUUCUCAUACUAGGUUACAAUAUUUCAAAACCCUGGUGUGGAGCAUUCACAGACAUUUUCAUAGACGCAACUUAUACAUACAAAGGUUAUAUGCAAAUAGUUAGAAUAAGCGGCAAUAGUAAAAGGAUUCUAUCGCAAUUAUCCACUGACCAUAUAGAAUCGGAUCGCAAAACGAGAAUAAGCGACCGAUUGUUGUUUCAGAGAGAAUCCCCAUAGCAGCGUGCUAACACGUGAUGCUCAGACAGGUCAUCGAGAGAAAUUCGCUCUCGCACUGGUGUCCAUUCUAUGUUAAAUGAACCAUGUGGGUUUUUUGUUGUUGAAAUGAUAUCCGUCUCUUUUUUAUGGCACUGAUUGAAUCGUGUGAAGAGUUAAUUAAAAUAAGUAAAGUGAAACUCUCACUUGCUGAUGUGGCUUUAUGAGAAGAUCACUGAAACCAUAAUUAAUACUGAUUUCUCUGGAUCUCAUAUGAAGUACGCAUGAAUGUCAUUUUCACUUAGAUGGGAGAUCUGUGGUACAAAGUUCAGGUGCAUAUUAUAUUAUGCAGUUUGCAGUUUCCAUUAGUGCAAAGUAACUCUAGUUUCUCUGUUUUCCCGCCGCAUCUUCCUCGAUUGAACACAUCCAGCGAGUGCGAGGUCUGUUCCGCAGUCGACGAUCUCUUCCAGGUUCUCUGCUGAGCAACACAUAAGCCAUUCUUUCUUCCGGUAUUCGCGCUACAUGCUCAGUUCACUGUAGUCUGCCGUGUUUUCAAGCCUUCUAAUAUCAGCUUAUUUGUAUACUUGGCACAGCUCGUGAUUCAUGCGUCUGUGACAUUUUUGGUACAUAUUCUUUACCACCGAGUAUUGAGCCGAGUUCAAUUAAGAUCUAUAGUAUAGGACGCCCAGAUGAUGGAGUGAUAGUUGUUCAAAGCAUUCGUAAGCAGUCGCAACGCAGCGUUUGUGUAGAUUUAGGUAUUUAUUUUAGACGAUUGUUUGUCUACCAUUCAUUAUUUUUAUUGAAUAUAAAAUACUACAGAUAUUGCUCAAACCUAAAUACGUAAAUGAAAGAAGAUGUAACAUUGCCCAAGGUAGAAAAAACUGGAAAGCAAUGCGUACUACAUAGAGAAAAGCAUACAUUCAUAAUGUUUUUAUUUUAUACACUUUUGUCGCACACACACCGGUGUGGGAGAGAAAAAAAUAUACUGACUGUACUUUAAUUAGAGCAAGUGUGGUUGGUGCUACAUUGGUGUAACGUGAAGUAAUGAAUGUAAACACUUUUAAUCUUUUGUGAUUUGACUCAAUAACCAAUGGGAAAUCAAAAUAAACUAAUCGGAUAUUUACUGAGCACUAAUGUUACGUACUCCAAUAAUAAAUAAAUCAUAUAAUCAUUAAGUCAUACGCAAUUUGAAAAAAUCAUAUUUCCACACAAAUGCUGAAAUUUUAAACUUAGAAUCUUCUGAACAAAACUUUGAAUAAAAUUUUGUGUGAUGUUUUGCAAAAUCAUUAUUAGUUCCGAAUAGGCGCCUACCUUUUGGCAGCAAAAAAAAAAACAAAAAACAAAACUAGUAACAUUUGAAAUGAAUCGAAGCGGAUGAAAAUUCAAAUUCUGAGGAAUUAAAGAAAAAAUUUAGACGAUAAGCGAAAAGUGUACAAUUAAGGCUAAUGACCCGCGAUCUAGAAACUAUUAAAACAUUUGAAUGAAACGAAAGUUGUGAACAAUUUUGUCUGUCAAGUGAUAAUUUUUCAUUUUUUUUAUCAACUGAUAUAAACUAGAAUAAUUGUAGUAACACAGGAGUGUAAAACAUUUUUGUCACUAAGCCACACAUACACACUUAAAAAAUGUAAGUGUGGCAAAAUGAGAAUAAAUCUUUCAUAUUGCGAAUUAAAAAAAUAA